UUCCGUCAAACUGUUCUGUUGCUGGUUAUUUGCAAUGCGGGCUAAGCUACUACUACUCUAUUAAGCCGAACCUUACUGCUCCAAAAGCAACAACUGCGUUCGUUCGCUUGCUUUCUAUUUGGUUCCGUUUGUGUUUUUUUGUUUUUUGUUUUUAACAAUUUUGUCUGGUCUGUGCUCUGGCUGUGUGGUCGGUGUGUAUGCAUGUACAUAUGUAUGUAUGUACGUGCUCAUUGCUAAAUUAAUCAUGUAAGCGCGAGAACGACAACAACAGGCCAGACAACAAGUAACAAUAAUAAGCGUUAACCUGCAACAACAACAGCAACAGUACCAAUACAACUGCAAUUUCAAAUUCCCAAACAAAAACGGGUUUCUUGUAAUAAAUCGCGCCCCGGAAACUGUUAAUCUUAUUGCUUUGCCUUUUCUAUUAAAUAUAUGACAACGUGUGUCAUAGUGUUUGUGUAUCGAAAUUAUUUCAUAAAUUAUUUCGUUGAAUAUACAAAAAGUACAAAAAACAAAAUAAUUCAAAAUCGGCUACAAAAACAAAGCACAAUCUCAGUGCAAGGUAACGGGCGACAGAAAGUCGUACGAACAUUCGGAGCGCGCGCGACGUUGGCGGCGAUUUCCAAUACAAAUUGAAAUACCAAAGAAAAAAGACAAGACACACACGCACACAUAAAUAAACAAACGAAAUAAAUACUGCGCGUACACCUUCGAAUUAAGAAUAUAGUGUGAACUCACUCUAACGCAUACGAAAUUAGAGCGUCGUAACUACCACCAACAGCUGCUAGAGCGAGACGUGCGACGUCAGCGAGUUGCCAUCGGGGCGGCUUGCUAUAGUAGUGUGGCAACGAGUGUAGUGCAAAUGUCAAAAGAAAUUACAACACUGCAGUAAAGGAGAAGAAGGUGAACGACGAGCACCAAUAACAACAAAGUGGCAGCAGCAUCGGCAGUACAACAACAAAAAUAACAAGUUGUUUUAGUGGUUGGAAAGAAGAAGAAGCCGUUGUGGGCCGCCUGGCCCAAAACAUAAACAAACCUGAAAAGAAUUCAAAUUAAUCUCUCAAUUUGUACAAAAAAUAAAAAACUAUCUAUAUAUAUAUUAAACGGAGCGCCUAAAGACGCUCGGCGGCCAACCCCCAAAUGAGAAAAUGCUGCCUGCCAUGCAAACAGCCAAAGGAACGGGAACGAGCACAUCACCGCCAUCACCAUCGACGUCUUCCAACAAACGUCAACCACACAAGCCGAGCAUAGGACGGUCCAACCGUUCUCAGGAUGAUGAUCCCGAGGGCGCAUGCAAUACCAGCAGUAAUCGAAAUUUUUACAAUCAUCGUUCAUCGACCGUACCAUAUGCUAGCCAUUUGGCCAAAGCAGAUUACGAUGUCAUUACGAUCUGCUCGGAUACGGCGGUCAGUAGCAGCGCUACCGCUAAUGCCAUUGCCACUUCCUCGCCAGGCUCGAUUGCACGCGUAGCCGUUAAGCCGCGUUAUUUAAACCGACCCCAGACCAGCGCUCCACUCUUGGCAGCCAGAUCGGUUAAACACUGCUCCCGGACCGGCAUCAAGAGCAGCACCUCACCAAACAUUGUAAUGGCUGCCAAAUCGUGCACAGGGUUUGGUGAUCAGGAACAACAGGAAGGAUUGCUUGAACACCAUCAUCACCACCAUCUCAAAAAUGGAGUGGUCAAUGGUGGUGGGCACCACAGAAAGAACAGCAUGCAUGCUGUCCAGUCAAAUGGUUCGCUUCUCAGUCGCUCUGGCGGCGAUGGCCCACGUCCUGGUAUUGACAACGACAUUAAGAGCGACAGAGACGAUAUUGUGGACAACAGUGAUGUCAAUGACGUUGAAGCUGGCGCCGCUUUUUCUGCCGUAGCCAGCCGUACGAUGAUUGGAACCACGACAACGCCUAUUAUCACGCCCACACCAUCCUCCACACUGGGUGUUAAUAUGCGUGUCACUGGACAGUGCAGUCAGGGAGGCCGCAAAUAUAUGGAGGACCAGUUCCUGGUGGCCUAUCAGAAGUCACCGGUCACCGAUGAUUUGGAAUAUGCCUUUUUUGGGAUUUACGAUGGUCAUGGUGGGGAUGAGGCAGCCCUAUUUGCGAAGGAACAUCUUAUGCUCGAGAUUGUGAAACAGAAACAGUUCUGGUCUGAUAAAGAUGAGGAUGUAUUGCGCGCCAUACGCGAGGGUUACAUUGCAACCCACUUUGCCAUGUGGCGGGAGCAAGAGAAAUGGCCUCGUACCGCCAACGGUCAUCUGAGCACCGCCGGCACCACCGCCACAGUCGCAUUUAUGCGACACGAAAAAAUAUAUAUAGGUCAUGUCGGCGAUUCGGGAAUUGUGUUGGGGUACCAAAAGGAGAAUGAGACCACCUGGCGUGCCAAGCAACUGACUACGGAUCACAAGCCAGAGUCCGUGGAGGAGAAGACGCGCAUUCAGCGAGCCGGCGGCAAUGUGACUGUGAAGUCGGGUGUGCCGCGUGUGGUAUGGAACCGGCCACGUGAUCCCUUCCACCGGGGCCCCAUCAAGCAGCGCACGCCUGUCGAUGAUAUACCAUUUCUAGCCGUAGCUCGUUCACUGGGCGAUCUUUGGAGUUAUAAUUCCCGGUGCAGGGAGUUCGUUGUCAGCCCAGAUCCCGACGUCAAGGUGGUCAAAAUUAAUCCAAACACAUUCAGAUGCCUUGUCUUUGGCACGGAUGGCCUGUGGAACGUGAUGACGCCGCAGGAGGCGGUGGACUGUGUGCAGGAGCAGCUGAACAUGGGUGAGCAAGAUACAAUGAAUCCGAGCAAAGCGCUGGUCGAUCAAGCGCUGAAAACGUGGGCGUCCAAGAAGAUGCGUGCGGAUAACACGUCCGUAGUAACUGUGAUACUGAGCCCGGCCGAACAAGCCGCUCCAUCAAACUGUGCGCAUUCAGAUGCAAAUGGAUCAAAUCAUUGGUUGAGUGAACACCCACGCAGCCCUGGAACCACAGCUCUACGCAUUGAUGAGUACGAGCAUGAUACCCCAUAUAGUGCCUUGGCCCAGGGCCAUUUGCCCCCAGAGUUGUAUCGCAAUUACGACUAUUAUGAGCAGGAGGAGCCUGAGGAAGAGCAAGAAGAGGAGACAGAUGAGGAGGAGCAGGGGGCGAUGGUAUUGGUUGAACGCUCAGCCACACGCACCACCCUGGUGGCGCAUUUAGAAAAGGAUCGAGUGUCUAGUCACAGCAAAUAUGGUCGCAAGCUGCGACUGGAAUCACGCACAGUUAUUGGCCCCACCAUCAGCUCGCCCUGGAACGUUGUCCACGAAGAGGAACCAACUGUUGCUGUCCAACACCACUCGUCCAUCUCCAAGGAACUGCAUGAUCUGCGUACAUUAGUGGAGGACAUCGAGGACGAUGACAUGAACGAGGGCGAUGAAGACGAGGACGAUGAAGAAGCAUUGGAAGCGGACCGAAGGAACUCUUCCAGUGGACUGGGAGUACUAUAUAGCGAUAUGAGCGUUGUCAAUGGAGUGGUGGCCCCCACCCAUUACCACCCACUGCCAAAUUGUGAUGCAAUGGCGCACAUAGCCGCCGCCGAUAGCAACAGCGAUGACCUAACCGAUCUAGAGCACAGCUUUAGCACCAGCUAUGUUUCGGCAGCGACUCCAGCUGAGGGCUACAGCUUUGCCGAAUCCUACAACUCAAUCCUCAAUGAACAGCAAGCGGCGCGCACACGUGUCGCGUUCACCACAGUGCCUCCAGAGCCGGCAGCACACCAUCAGCUGCAACAGAGCAAUGUGCGUAGUAUGCAGGAGAUACUACAGGAGCAGCAGCGCUACCAGCAGCAGGAAGGCUACUCACUGACUAGGCUGGAGACGCGUCGUGAGCAACAACAACAGCAGCAGACAGUUAUUGCGCCUAUCGGCGAUUACGAGGCAUCCCCAUCGCCGUUGAUGGAACAGUCCCAAGUGGAAGGAAGUUGGCCGCGCGGGGAAUAUGUAAGCAUAUGUGCGGCGGUUCGCGAACAACAGCAGCAGCAGCUUCUGCAGCUAGAUGCACUGUUGCAGCAGGAACGGGCUGAAGAGCAACAGGUAGCCUUAGAACAGCGACUGCUGGAGCAACAACAACAGCAGCAGCAGAAACAACAACAACAGCUGCCCGCAGUGGUGACCAUAUGCUCGAUUGAAGCGCUCGACCAGGUUGAAGAGGAUGAGCCGGACGUGGAGCAAGUAGACGACAUUGAGAAUAUCGAAGAAAUUGAAGAGCUUGAGCAGAUCGAAGAGGAUGAAUCAAACUACUCGGAGUGGACCAGCAGCAGUUUGGUCACGCCCAUGGAAAAUGAUGAUGGAGUCGAGCUGACGGCCCUGACAGAACCCUCUGUUGCCAUGGAGCAGGACGAUGACGACCAGAUAUGUGCUGCUCCUGAAGAGCCCACGUUACAGGAUAAUCAAGUCAGCUCCACUCUACUGACGCCCCCGCCCACAGCGGAAAAUCUAAACACAGCUGUGCUCCAAUUCCACGAGACUGUUGCCGAGAUACGCAAGGAGGACGCACAUGCCGUGCAUUUUCUAAUCGAGCAGAUCCAGAAACUCCAGGAGGUCGACUGCACGCCGGUGCUAGCCACUGCCAAUGUGGGUGUGGCCAUUGAACGUGCCGCUGCCGCCGCCACUGAGCUACAAACGCCCUCAUCCGCCUCAACCAGCAAGCUAAAGGAUGAGGCAUCAUCGUCCUCGUCGUCGUCACCGCCGUUGGUCAGACGCCGUCAAAUGCGGCGGUUUCGCAAUGUGCCCAAUGAGAAUCAUCGCCAGCAGUCACCUUCCUCAUCACCCAAUUCACAAAUGCAGACCCGCUGGCGCCAGAAGUUCAAGCACACCAAAACCAAAUCCUUUAUUACCAGCAGUGCGGCGGCCAUUGUCGCCUAUGGAGAAAGCCAAACGGCCAGAAACAACAACAACAACAAUAAUCUCAAAACACCGUCUAGUGGCGGCAGCAGUGGCGUGGCGCGACGCAGCAACAAUAAUAAUACCAACACCAGCAAUAGCAGCACCAAUGCCGCGAAGAUGAUGAUGACCCGGCGCAGUCAAAGCGUCAGUCUGAAUGCUGGCAGUGUUGUUAGUAAGCGGCAGUUGCGCAGCAGCAUUUGUAAUAUGGACAUGACGAAGCGAACGUUGCGCACUCGGAAUAUGCCACCACCUGGCACCCCAACUGGCGCACCUAAUACUCCAAGCGGUGGUAGUAGUGGUCACUCAUUUGCCCGCGGCACGACCACCACAGCCGGCACCCAAACGGGUGGGACGCGCACGGCGCGAAACUCGCGGCGUGGCCACCAUGACGGACAGCGUGUUCCGGAGCAGCAGCUUAUGGCUGUGGUUGCCUCCAAUCGAGCUGCGGUGGAGCAUCGUCGCUGUCUGCGCAGCAAUCUUGUGGUUGCCACCAGCGGCAGCAGCAGCAGCAUCGGCGGUGUUGGUGGCGGCAGCAGCAACACUGGAGGAUUUAGCAAGUCCACGCGCCUUCAAUGUGGUGGCGCUAUUGCGGCGCGCCCGCCACCCUCGCCCAAGAAACUGCAAGCGGCAGCACCCACUUUGGCUAUGGCGGCUGUGACGGAGUUAAAUAAACGCUGGUCUCUGCGCAGCAGCAGCAGCAACGGCCACGCCCACAUGACACGCCGAAUGCUCACAGGCAGCGGGAAUGGCAAUCACAAUAAUGGUCGCUUAAUGCUGACCAACAUGGUCUCUGGAGGAGUUGGUAAUGCUAAGGAUGGCUUGAUUGAAGGAUCAGGUGGCGCUGCUGGUCAACUAGUGUCCUCCCCCCUCAGUACUUGCUACGGUUCACGAACGCGUCACUUGACACGCAAGCGCUGAAUCCCCCCAACCCUCGAAUCCCAAUCGCUGACCGGCAAUAACAAAACAAACCGAGUACAAAAUAAUUAAAUGUAUUAGAAUAAAAGUGAAACACACACACACAUACCCUUAGCGUAAAAAGAAAGAAAAUAAAUAAACUUCCAGGCAGCAAUAAGAACAAACGUAUAGAAAGAGAACACAAAAAUGUUAAUCACAAUUUAAGACGUAUGUAUAUAUAACUAUAUAUUUAUAUAUAUAUAAAUAUAUACUUAUAUAUAUUUGUAUUUUAACACGCAACAAAAUUCUAAGUUCUAAAUUAAAG